AGUGCACGAGAGCGAGUUUCCGAGAGCGCAUCGCACUCCGUUGCUAUUGCACAUCAUCAGCUAUUAUCGUCCCGAGCAUCGCUCUCUCGCGCGUCCGUCGCGGUCUCUCGGCGAAAGCCAGCUAGAAAAGCUCGUAGUAGUAUUUUUGCGAGGUGGAUCUCGUCCGCACACAGUGUGCCUGUGUGGAGUACAGCUACACCCCCGCGCGGGCGAGCUGCGUUUCUACGUAGGUAGUAUACGCAAUAUACGCACAGGCUGCGGAGAGGAGCGGACUCGCUGCUGCAUCUGUCCGUCUCUCUCGCGCUUGGUGCUCUUCGCGUGUUUCUGUGUUCUGUCGCGGCUAUAUCUGUCCGCCUCUCUCUCUCUCUCUCUCUCUCUCUCUGCGUCUCUAGCGCUGCUGCUGCUGCUGCUGCUCCGUGUGUGCAGUGUGCCCCCAUGGCCCAGAGAAACGCAUUAAAAAUUUAGAGCCCAUCAGAGAGUGCCGAGAGAAGCUGCGCGCUUGGACUUCUCGAAGGAACCGUCAUCAAAACAGGCGAGUGCGUGGGUGCAGGAUAGAUUCCAUAUCGAGCAUACUGACGCGGUGAGGCCCCGAUAGCUGCUCUCUAUAGGGGAAAGAGGAUUAUAAACACGAUAGGCGCCUGGAGCCACGCGCGAUAUGUGACAUGAUUCCGCGAGAGGAGGAGAAGAGUAGGAGCAGGAAUCUCGGAGAGUUGCUAUUGCUACUGCGGAUCGGAGGCGGAAGAGGAGCACAGCAGUGGAAAGUGAUGAUGAUGCCGCCGCUACGUGAAUUGCUCUCCUGCAAUUUGCUUAAUGGCUAAUAGCACUCGGAGAUUGCCGCCGUUGCUACUGCUGCUGCUGCUGCUGCUGAUGCUACUACUCCCGUGAUAUACGUAUAUACGAGCUCCGUCUGUCCGUCUGUCUCGCUGGCUGACUGAUCUGGGGAUACUUAUACUUAUUUGCCUGCAGCACCAUGAGCGCCUACCUAGCGAUACUGCCCUGUGUGCUGCUCGGACUCUUGGGUCUAGCAACAGCCCAUGAUGUUAAAGGAUCAACGUAUUGCGAAUUUUACAAUGAGACCAUGUGUGGAGGAGAAUUUAAAGAAGACUGCUUUGAAAAGGAACAAUGUGGACCACAUGAUCCUGACAAGCGUAAUCACUGCUAUGUACUUUGGCAGUACGACAGUGUUACUCAAAAAUCCACUAUAAAGUUAAAAGGUUGUUUCUUGGAUAGCAAGGAAUGUUACGAUAAGCAACAUUGUGUGGAGAAGAAUGCUGAUAGGAAGAAGCAGCAUUUCUUCUGUUGUUGUGAUGGAAACAUGUGUAACAAGAAUUUCUCAUGGGAUCCACAACCGACACAGCCACCACGUGUUGUGCAACAAUUGGAACCUGUUCCAAAUACGGAGCAACAAGUGAUAACACUUGUGUUGUCGAUAUCAAUUCCUAUGCUAGUUAUUUUUGUAUUUAUUUCUGGAAUCUUCUACUUCUAUAGAAGAAGAAAAUUGGGAUACUUCAAUGAGAUUCCAACGAUCGAGCCAGGCCCGUUGCCGCAGCCGUCGCCGAACCUGGGUAAUCGUCCAAUCCAACUAUUGGAAAUAAAAGCACGUGGCCGCUUCGGAGCCGUGUGGAAAGCUCAGCUGAGAGCCGAAGUAGUGGCUGUCAAGGUGUUUCCCAUUCAGGACAGGCAGUCCUGGCAAUCGGAGCAGGAGAUUUUCAAGCUCGCGCACAUGGACCACGAAGACAUACUGCGCUUUAUCGGCGUUGAGAAGCGUGGGGACAAUCUGCAGGCUGAAUUCUGGCUCAUCACGGCCUACCAUGAAAAAGGCUCGCUCUGCGAUUACCUGAAGGCUAAUGUGGUGUCUUGGCCAGAAAUGUGCCGGAUUGCUGAAUCCAUGGCUAGAGGCCUGAUGCAUCUGCAUGAAGAAAUCCCAGCCAACAAAGCCGAUGGUUACAAGCCUGCAGUGGCGCAUCGCGAUUUUAAGUCAAAGAACGUCCUGUUGAAAAAUGAUAUGAGCGCGUGCAUAGCAGACUUUGGUCUAGCACUCAUCUUCCAUCCAGGAAAGCCCUGCGGCGAUACCCAUGGACAGGUGGGCACUCGUCGCUAUAUGGCUCCCGAGGUCCUUGAAGGCGCCAUUAAUUUCACUCGGGACUCAUUCCUACGUAUCGACAUGUACGCCUGCGGACUCGUGCUUUGGGAGCUAGCCUCGAGGUGUACCGUUCAAGAUGGACCAAUUGGAGAAUAUAGGCUACCUUUUGAAGAGGAAGUUGGCCUUCAUCCUACGCUUGAAGACAUGCAAGAAAGUGUCGUUCACAAAAAAGAACGACCAUUAAUAUUGGAUACUUGGCGCAAACACCCGGGACUGCUGGCCAUCUGCGAUACGAUGGAAGAAUGCUGGGACCACGAUGCUGAGGCACGACUCUCGGCUUCGUGCGUAAUGGAGCGGGUGGCGUCGCUCAGUCGGAGCAUGGUACUGAAUUCAUCGACGCUCAUACGCGUCGACAACACGAGUGAGUCCAUCACCACAAAGGAGUCUAGUAUGUAGUUGACCGGCGUGUAUUAUAACGACUUUGUAGCUCAUAAUUUUUGACAUUGCACAACUGAUCAUUGAUUGUCAUAUAAGCGCGAAACUUCUUCACGAAGUAUACAAAAUAAUUUAAGCUAUGACUGGUGAUUUUUUUCGGUAUUUAGACUCGUAGAAUUCUAGAAUAAAGGAACUAUAUUCAUCAGACUGGAAUCAGAAAAAAUAGUUCUUUUCAUUCUGCAAAUAUUGAAGAAUUUAUUCAAAUUCAUUUAUUUCUUUGAAUAAAGGAAGCAAAAACACUGCAGUCAUACCUUAAGGAAACAAACCGUCAAUGGGCAACGACGGUUACGUAUUCGUAAAAUAGUUAUACCGGUAUAUAAUUAAGCCAUGACGAACGAACGGUUUAUGUUUUUUUAUCCUUACUUAGCUUAUAGACAACCAAAUCUAUUGAUGCUGCCGUUAUAAUAAUAACUCUAAGAAUGCUUAGGCAAAUUCACGCGCGUCGGUUUUAUUACAUAUAUAGAUACGUUAUAUUUUGUGUCGAAUGAAUUUCCAAUUUUUACUUUGUCACCUUCUCGUCUCAUAAAAGGAGUGUUUUUUAAUGUGUUGAAAUUUAUAGCGCGCGUUUACCCUUUGCAACUUCAACAUCGUUUUAUUAACCCGUUAAUAUUUAUUGUUCGACUUUCUGGCCUUCCACAAAAUAGUUUGCUGCCAAAGCUACUGUCGGAAAUUCGCAAGGUAAUAAGAUAAGUUACUUUGACUGAACAAUUUUUAUGUUAUGGUGUUGAAUAAGUUAACCGUUAAAAAUGCAAGUAUAUCUUAUUUACUAAGAACUAAGCUCUUUUUUUAUUAACAAAGUGUUCUAACAAUAUUUUCAAUACCAGCGUAUCGGCAGAGAAAUACUUUGUUAAAGUGGCAUUCCCAUCCCUGAGUUACUCAAAUGUUAAUGGUGUGUCGUUAUGUAAAAUGAUAGAUUUAUAGCUAUAAUAUAUCUCGAAGCUCUGUAAAUAAUUGCAAUAAUCACAAUAUAAGCGAGAAUGCGACUGUACAUUGAUAGCGAAUCGACUUUUUAAAGAGCCUAACAAGUAUGAAUGUGUUGUGUUAUAUGGACAAUUUUUUAAAAUAAUGUAUGCAACGGAAAACACCUCGUUUCCCAUUGACAAACAUUUGCCAAACGGGCCCGUUUCGAAACUGAUCGAAGCCACCGUCUUUAAAGAUAUUGUAGUGCUAUGAACUUUUUUCAUAAGAUUAUAAACUGUUCAUAAUUACAACGUCUUUAAACAAGCCGCGAGAUACGAGAAAAGCUGAGGAAAAGAAAGGAAAGAAAAUAAGAUAAAGAGGUAUUUAAGAUUACCAUUAUGAAUCUUGUUACGAUGUACCUGGUAGACACAAUAGCGCGCAGUUGGUUGACAGUGGCACGAGAAAUCCUGUUGUUCUCGUGCGCAGUGUUCAAUCUUCGACACGUCUGUAACGUUCACUUUCUCUCGCGAAUGAAAAGUUGCGCUCUCGUCGAAAAGUCGAUAAAACCUUUAUGUACAGUGAACUGGAAAGUUUAACCGAAACUCUAAAUACGUAAUUAGUUUUUUCUUACGACAAACAAAAGUGCAAAGAAGAUUAAGAAAAGAGGAAUGUUACUAGUAAAAGAGAAGUGAGCGUGGGAAAAUAAAGCCUCGUCUUAUAGAAUUUUCCUCCCAGGAUAUGCAAGUAAACAUUUAAUUCCACAUAGUAACUGAAUGAUUGACAGACGAAACUGUACAAAUGCGAACGCAAAGAGCAAUGUCCGCCCCAUUUUUACGUAAAGUUGAGAGAAAAACAAUGAAUUAAUGAUCGACGAUCCUUCGUUCGUCUUCCAAGGUGCGGAAUAAUCGUGUCUACUAUCUUGUUCUUAAGUUACAAAGACGUUUAUUUAUCGUUAAUCUGCGAUUGACCCCGACUUUUGUUACUCCGAUGAAACGUUUUCUAAAGUGUUGAAUCGUUAAUAUAGCAAAUGGAUUUUUUUAAUAUAAAAUUAUAAGGUUGCGUUAUUAUAGGAUGAACCAAUAAAAUGAUUAGCUGAAAACUAAAGGACUUUGGUUAUUAAAAAGUAUACAAACAAUCGAAAAAACUCUACUGAGUUCUUAUCAGAUAAUAUGAGUUGAAAUUGUAAUCGGGGAAAAAAAUCGAGCAUCUAACUGUCGAAUUCUGCUCUGUUUACCGAAUGCUGGCUUUCCACGGUGCCAAACUAAAAAAAAACAGAAGACAAAAGUUAAUCAUACAAUUUUAAUCUAAUGUCGAGUGCUUUUUAUCCAAUUUUUCACUGCAAUUCAUGGGGAUAAAUUGAACAGAAGAAAAGUAUAUGACGAUGAUGAUAAUGAUGAUAUAUCAGAUGCAAAACGCAAAACCGGGUGUACCUAAUACAAAUAAUUAUCGUAUGAUGGUAAUCAAUAUUAUUGUAAUAUUAUUAACAACUGUCUAAACAACGUUACAAAAUACAAAGUGCGUAAGAGUUAGGCAUUGAUUGUAAGAAAAAAAAUAAUAAUAAUGAUAUUGGAGCGGCGGUGUGCGCUACUCUUUUUCUUAUAUAGGGCCCAGACAUAUCGGACUGCGGACGACAAGUACGACAAACAUAUUUUUAUCGGCUCGCGAAUAUAUAGGGUAGAACAGAAAGUGUAAAAGAAAUGUCGGACAGUCAUCAGCUUCAUUUGAAAUUAAUUAUUUUACCUUUUAUAAAUCUGAAUGUCUCACGAUUUUCAAUUGUUGUCGCCGUUAUUUGCAAGUCGGUGCCGUAUUAAAAGAUCCUCUGUACUUGGUCUAUUAUUAGAAUUUAAUCUUGCUCAUCUCAAUCGUCAUACUUAUCUAUUUUCUUCAUGCUACUUCCGCCGAAUCUUCCAAUUUUAGCGAUCGCUUUUAUUGGUGCCAUGUUCUUUUCAAUUGAAUAGUCGUCUUGCCCUACUUCCUAGUUUGGUUAUCAGAAAAAUAUUAAUUUAUUUUCAAUAAAAAAUUACGAUGACUGUCCGAUAUAACGUAUCGGCGAUAAAUAUUGCAUACACCGAUUCUAGAAUCUGUCUAAUAAUCUUUUGCAAUUUAUCGAUGUUAGCCAGAGAUUGAUCCGACUCACUCAAGUUAAGACGUAUAGAACAAAUAAGGAAAAAAUUUACAAAAAAAUAAAAACAUUUAGCAAGUUUGUAUGUGCGAUGAAGUUUUGUAAAUAUAAAAAUAAUAAGUUCGGUUAUAAAGGGUAUAUUUACUGUUAAUUUUACUAAGUUGUAAAUAGCCUAUAAGCAUACGUUUUAUUAAUUAAUUCGAAUAUUGCUAUGAUGAUUUAUAAAGAUGACGUUUAUCUAUUCGCUUUUAAAGGAAACUAUUCGAUUUGAUUGACCACUGCUAGAGAGGAGAGAGAGAGAGAGAAAAAUGUAAUUUUAAUACUGUGUAAAAGUAGAACCUCCAAUACUCUUCCGCUACAAGACUAAAUUUUAACGAAAACGCGCUAAAUCUGUUCACUCGUCAGUCUUUCGUUUACAUUGAAACACGUGAAACUGAAAACUCGACUGUGAUGAAAUUUUACGCCCAGAGUACAAUUGAAAAAAAAAA